GGCAUUAGACAUGAGUUAACCUAUGUGAGAUAGUGCCUUCAUUGAAACCUCGUUUCGUUUACCGAGGAAAAUGGGGGAAAAAAGAUUUAAAAUGUGUAAUUACCUAUUCGCUCCUGCCACUAAGAAGCCUCUCAAUGUUUAAAAUAAGUGUUGAUUUCAUAUUUUGGAAAUAUUACAGUAGUGAAAACAAGAUACUAUCGACGGAUUUCUCACCCUACUUCCGGUUUCAGAAGUUUCGUUCUUCGAGGUCAUGGUGCUGGUGCUGUUGCUCGUGCUGUUACAACUCACGCCGCUCUUGCUGGACACUUGAAAUUACACGUUCCCCUUAUCUCCGUCUACUUUUGAAAAUUGAAUAAUACUGAGAAAGAGUCUGUCUUUACCAGAAUUGUAUCGCAUUGGUGCUUUUCUACCACUUUCGCCACUCAGGCAGAGCGCCUCGCGUCGCGGGAGGACGCCGUCAGGUGUGAUGUGCUGCUGAUCGAUUAGCUGGCGAAGGGCGGAUGGAACGAGAGACGACGAUCUCCUAAUCGGCUGCACUGUGCAGUGUAAACUACCCAAGGGCGUGUUGUUUAUCAGCCACCUUGUACAGAAGAAUACCAGGACGCAGUUUACCUCUCUCGUCUUGUGGGCCCCGAUGGCAACGUCUUCCGUCACCAUGGAGCUGCUGCCGGACGACGUGCUCGUGAUGGUGAUGCAGUUCCUGGACGUGGCGGACGUCCUCGCCUGCCGCCUCGUGUGCAAGAGGCUCUGCGGCCUGGCCCUGCACCCCGACGUCUGGCGCCACCGGUCUCUCAGCGACGACGAGCCCUGCGCGAGCGCGGUGCUGCGACUGGCCCCGUGCCUCAACAAGCUGAUCGUCACGGGCCAAGUCUCAACAUUGGCGGUGACCACGACGCGUUGUGCCGUAAAAAAAAUGAUUCUGCUGGCGACACAUACGAAGGCGACAGAUCAGAUGGCCUUAAUGGCCACGGAGUACGCUUAUGCAGUAUACAAGCAGGAAUCCCUAGGGCGCCUCAGGCAUCUUGAGCUUUGUCAGAUGUACCACCUGCAUAUGCCUGUAACCGACGUGCUAUUGAGAACGGUGGCGUCGUGUUCAGAUUUGAAGUCGCUCGUAUUUAAUAGCGAACUGCCGGUAACCAGCACACGCGUUGUACACGGACCGUCCAGAUCGUCACUGACGUAUUUUCAUUGCCCAUUUGGCGAGAGCUCGGCAUCCUUCCUGCUCACCAUACUGGCCGGGCACGCGGCUACCCUGGAGGAAAUUAGCAUCGGCUCAGAUUUGGACUUCGAAGAGACGGGGACUGCUGACCUGUUAGCCGCCAUGCCGAGACUCCGAUUUCUGAAGUGCGAAGACUCGCUUCGGGGGUUUGAGGUCGUAGCGGAGUGCAAAACGCUCAGACGCGUGCACAUUUGUCUGUUUGGGGACCAUGAUGAAUUCGACGGGCUUCCAAAGUUCCUCCGCCGAGCCAAACAGCUUCGACGUGUCCACCUGGAGAACAUUAGGCCGAUAAGCGCCGAGUACAGCACGGCGCUGUUCGAGGCCCUAACCUCACCAGGGAGGUCGCAUCUGGAGCGGCUGACCCUUGAGGGGUUCGAGGACGUGCGUCCGCUGUUCCACGCAAAGACCUCGCUGUCCCACCUGCGCUACCUGUCUGUGAGACUUGAGUUUAUUGACGACGAGAUGCUCCUGAGCAUCACCCCCGUCACGGCUCCGGCCCUGGAAACCCUGGAGCUACGCUGCCGGGAAAAAUGCCGCCACGCCUUGAUACACAGGGACGCGGUCAAGGCGACUCUUGCGGCGAACACCUCGCUCCAUAUUCAGAUCUUUUACGGAACACGUAGCAAGUGCGAACCCCAAGAUUGCACGGUAUGUGCGGGGGGCUGCCACCCAGCAGUAGAGUGGGCUAAGGUUUUCAGGAUAGGACUUUUCUCGCAUGAUCCUGACAAGUGUCCCUCUCUGGAGGCUCACACUGAUGACACCGAAUGUUCGUGGAUCCAUAUGUGA